GCGACGUUCAUUUAUAACUUUCAAGAAUAUAUAAAUAAGCUGCUAACCAUACUUUAUCAAAACAUAUUUUAUAGGAACACUCUAACAAUAAAUUGAACUCAAGAUGAAAGAUGUAUUUUUGUCGAAUUGCGAGAAAAGUUUUCUACAAAGAAUAGUUUCAGAGGGUCAUCGCCUUGAUGGUAGAAACUAUAAUGAAAGUCGGAGAUUGAAUAUUUCAUUUGGAUCAGAAUAUGGAAGCUGCAUAGUGUCUUUAGGAGAAACAAAAGUUCUUGCUCAAGUAUCUUGUGAAGUUACACAACCCAAACAAAUCCGACCUAAUGAAGGAAUACUGUAUAUCAACGUUGAAAUAAGUCCAAUGGCUGCACCUCAAUUUGAAGCCAACAGACAAACUGAUCUUACUGUGUAUCUAAAUCGGUUACUUGAGAAAUGUUACAAAGACUCUAAAUGCAUUGAUCUUGAAUCACUUUGUAUUGUGGUAGAAGAAAAGGUUUGGUCACUGAGAGUUGAUGUCAAAAUAUUAAAUCAUGGUGGCAAUCUUAUAGAGUGUUCAAGCAUAGCAACACUGACUUCCCUUGCCCAUUUUAAGAGGCCAGAUGUGACACGCAGUGGUGAUUCUGUGAUCAUACACACAAUUGCUGAAAAAGAUCCUAUACCCACUGUUUUAUAUCACUAUCCCGUGUGUAUGACAUUUGCUAUUUUCAAUAAUGAUGUCUUACUAUCAGAUCCUAGUUUUAUAGAAGAGUCAGUUUGUACAAGUAGUACAGAGGAAGGAAUCAACACAGGCGGUGGUCUGCUAGUUGUUGGUAUGAAUCAGUAUAAAGAACUAUGUUUAUUAGAUCUAAAUGGUGCUGCUCUCUAUGAUUCCAAUAUUGUACAUAAAGCUAUUGUCAGUGCUGCUGAUAGAUCUAAAGAAAUAGUUGAUUUGGUAAAAAAGAUAAUAAUCAGUGAUGAUACAAUGAGACAAAAAAGAUCAAAAAUUAAUUUUGCUGAUAUCAUUACAAGUGAACAUAUGUUAUCUUUAACUCAAAAAGAAUUGACCAUACAGUUAAAAAAUUACAAUGUAGAUGACAUGACAAGUAAGACAGAAAGAAUGCAAGUUGAAGAUGAUGUGAAAUCAGAACCAAGUAAAUAUGAUGUUGUGCCAUCAUUGCCACAAACUGCAGAGAUUGUUUCAAAGAAAGGGGGAUCUCAAUGGAUUGAAAUUUCAUCAGACUCUGAGGAAGACCAAUAAAAUAGAGGUUUAUAAAACGCAUUCAAAUAAAAAGUACAUUCUAUAAUUUUUCUCUUAUUAUAAUCUCUCUUAUAUUAAAUAAAGGUAUUGAUUGCAUUUGCCCUCA